AUGUCUGACGAGCCGAUUAAUGCCAAUCCAACUGUCAAGGACACGUCGCAGCUCCCCACCAGAGAGACAAAGACUACUCUGCGGACGUUUCCCCAUGAACAGUAUGAAGCUGGUCUUGAUAGUCUAGUAACCCAAUAUUUAUUUGAUUGCGAUAACGAGGACCAACGUGACGACGAGGACAAUGGACCAGAUGAACCACUGGAUGCACAAGAGAUCUAUGACUUGAUAGCGUCUAUCUCAGAUCCAGAACAUCCGCUUUCUCUUGGUCAGCUCUCGGUGGUAAAUCUUCCAGACAUUUCCGUCCAACAGCCCAACCUAGAGAAGGGCGAGCUCGGCCAUGUCUGUGUGCAAAUCACGCCAACCAUCACCCACUGCUCGUUGGCCACUCUUAUUGGUCUUGGAAUCCGUGUACGUUUAGACCGUAGUGUCUCUAAGAAAUACCGCCCUCAAAUCAUCGUCAAGGAGGGGACUCAUCAAAGUGAGAAACAGGUGAACAAACAGCUCAACGACAAGGAGAGGGUCUGUGCCGCUUGUGAAAACCCACAGCUCGUUAAGGUCGUCUCCCAGAUGUUGUCUACCUGUGUUGUCUAA